AUGGCUUCCGUCAUUGAGAUACAGUCUUCAGCUUCUGCUCAGGAUCAAGAGAUGCCGACUAAAACUGCUCCUGCUCGCUUUCUAGGCAAACAAUCCCAACAGGAGGACGAGGACAUGGAAAUGGCCAAAGUGGGCGCCAUCGUCGCCGACUCCAAUAUACCUAGUGGCGCAGCGCGGGCAGAAGCCAUGCAACUCAUCUGGGGUCGACAUGGCAGACUUAUCGUCUGGCUCGGAAUUUGUAUGAUGCUGCUGGUCUACCAGUUCGACAAUGCCCUUCUCUACAACUACCGCAAUUACGCCGCGUCCAACUUCAACAACGUCGCCGGCCUCGGAACCCUCGCUGUGGCCGGUAACAUCGUCUUCGCCGUUUCCAAACCACCCAUCGCCAAAAUCUCCAACGUCAUCGGCCGCGCCGAAGCAUACGUCUUUUGCAUCCUAUGCUAUUUGCUUGGCUACAUACUCUGCGCGUCCUCGAGCAGCUUUGGCGUGUAUGCUGGCGGAUUCAUCUUUGCGAACAUCGGACAGACUGGCGUGAAUAUACUCAAUGAUAUCAUCAUUGCCGAUGUCACCAGUAUGAGAUCGAGAGCGUUUGCGAUAGCGAUCAGUUUCUUCCCGUUCCUGGUAACACCGUGGAUCUCGGCAUUUAUUGUCGAAGACGUCGUUGAGCCGGGUGGGAUUGGUUGGAGAUGGGGGAUAGGAAUGUUUGCCAUCAUCAUGCCCGUUGCCGCUCUAGCAUUGGUCGGACCGCUCCUCUACUACCAGCACCGUGCGAAAAAAAUGAGCGUCAUUCUCACGACCAAAACGACACUUCGCGACUUUUGCUCGCAAAUCGACCUGGGUGGAUCGUUCCUCCUCGCCGCCGGAUUCGCCAUGUUUCUUAUUCCGUUCUCUCUUGCCGGAACGACACCGUCCAGAUGGGACACCGACUACGUUAUCGCUCUCAUUGUCGUUGGCGCAGUGACCCUGGUCGGUCUAGUGUUCUACGAAGGCUAUGUCGCGACGCAUCCUAUCUUGCCCGCCCGGUAUUUCAAAAACCUCUCGAUUGUCAUCUGCAGCUCCCUCGGAUUCCUGGACACAUUAGGCUUCCAGGUCACACACACCUACCUGUACACAUGGAGCGUCAUCACGCAUGACAUGGGCCCUCGCGACGCCACGUUCCUCCAGUAUACCAACGGCGUCUGGCAAUGCCUGAUCGGCAUCAUUGCCGGUGCAAUCAUGUACAAGACCCGCCGCUACAAAUGGCUCAUGGUCAUCGGGACAGUCAUCAAACUAAUCGGCUUCGGCGUAAUGUUACGACUGCGAGGCGCUGAUAACUCCUGGGCCGAGCUCUUCGUCGUCCAAUCCAUUCAGGGCUGGGGGUCGGGCAUUAUUGAAAUCGGAAUCAUAGUUGGUGCACAAGUCGUGGUCUCACACAUGGAAAUGCCACAGGUAACAGCGCUCGUUUUGCUUGCCACAUUUGUCGGGGCGAGCGUGGGCAACUCCAUCGCCGGCGGAAUCUAUAGUGGCACAUUCAAAGAUGCUUUGCGACAUCAUCUCGGUUCUCAGGUGACCGAUGCAAUUGUCAAUUCCGUCUUUGAAUCGAUUACGAGUCCCGAUAUUCCUGCACCGGGCACGACGCAAAGAACCGCGAUUAAUUUGGCGUAUUCGGAUGUGCUGCGAUAUGCCACGUACGCGGCGGUGGGGACGAGCGCGGUGUGUGUUGUGCUGGCUUUCUUCUUGCCAAAUCUGCAAUUGAACGAUGGACAGAGUUUGGUAUCUCGCGGUGCAGAGAAUCAGGAAGAGGACGAAAGGUCGGAUGUUCAACAGAGAACAGGAGAGGACAAUGACAAUACAGGAACGGGAACAGAAACAGGGGAGGCAGAAGCCCAUACACCGACGAUCUGA